CGGGGCGCUCGCGGAGGGCUCGGCCGCCAGCGACCGAGCGGGGCCCGGCCCGAGUAGGGCCUGGGGGUGCGACGCCGAGGGCGGGGGAGCGCGCGCCGCUUCUCCGGACCGAGCCGCGCGCGCCGCCUCAGAAACCAUCGCCAUUGCUGAAACCCAGCAGAAACCCUAAGAGAAGCCACUUACUGGACUGUUGUUCUCUGCGGCCUCACUCCCCACGACCGACCAGGAACCGUGAAGUGUGGCCAUCCCUCUGCCGCAGCCAUGGGGUCUGAGGAUCAUGGGGCCCAGAACCCGAGCUGUAAGAUCAUGACGUUCCGCCCAACCAUGGAGGAGUUCAAGGACUUCAACAAAUAUGUGGCCUACAUCGAGUCCCAGGGGGCCCACCGGGCGGGCCUGGCCAAGAUCAUCCCCCCAAAGGAGUGGAAGCCGCGGCAGACGUACGACGACAUCGAUGACGUGGUGAUCCCAGCGCCCAUCCAGCAGGUGGUGACCGGCCAGUCGGGCCUCUUCACACAGUACAACAUCCAGAAGAAGGCCAUGACGGUCGGCGAGUACCGGCGCCUGGCCAACAGCGAGAAGUACUGCACCCCCCGACACCAGGACUUCGACGACCUGGAGCGCAAGUACUGGAAGAACCUGACGUUCGUGUCACCCAUCUACGGGGCCGACAUCAGCGGCUCCUUGUACGAUGACGACGUGGCCCAGUGGAACAUCGGGAACCUGCGGACCAUCCUGGACAUGGUGGAGCGUGAGUGCGGCACCAUCAUCGAGGGCGUUAACACGCCCUACCUGUACUUCGGCAUGUGGAAGACCACCUUCGCCUGGCACACGGAGGACAUGGACCUGUAUAGCAUCAACUACCUGCACUUCGGGGAGCCCAAGUCCUGGUAUGCCAUCCCCCCGGAGCACGGCAAGCGCCUGGAGCGGCUGGCCAUCGGCUUCUUCCCCGGAAGCUCCCAGGGCUGCGAUGCCUUCCUUCGGCACAAGAUGACCCUCAUCUCGCCCAUUAUCCUCAAGAAGUACGGGAUCCCGUUCAGCCGGAUCACCCAGGAGGCGGGGGAGUUCAUGAUCACGUUCCCCUACGGCUACCAUGCUGGCUUCAACCACGGAUUCAACUGCGCCGAGUCCACCAACUUUGCCACACUGCGGUGGAUCGAUUAUGGCAAGGUGGCCACCCAGUGCACGUGCCGGAAGGACAUGGUCAAGAUCUCCAUGGACGUCUUCGUGCGCAUUCUGCAGCCGGAGCGCUACGAGCUGUGGAAGCAGGGCAAAGACCUGACGGUGCUGGACCACACGCGGCCCACGGCCCUGAGCAGCCCAGAGCUGAGUACCUGGAGCGCCUCCCGGGCCUCCCUCAAGGCCAAGCUCCUGCGCAGACAAAUUAGUCUGAAGGAAAACAGACACUGGAAAAAGACUGAGGAGGAGAGAAAACCCAGUCUAGAGAGGAAGAAAGAGCAGACCCGGAGGCCGGGGCUCUCGUCUCACCGGAAAAGGAGCCAGCCCAAGAAGCCCAAGCCCGACGACCCCAGGUCUCCUGGAGAGGGGGCAGCCGGGGCAGCCCUCCUGGAGGAGGCAGGAGGCAGUGCGAAAGAGGAGGCGGCACCGGAGGAGGAGGAGGAGGAGGAAGCCCAGCUGCUGCCACAGGGCCGGGAGGCCGAGGGCUCAGAAGAGGACGGGAGGGGCAAGCUGCGGCUGGCCAAGGCCAAGAGUGACCGGAAGAAGAAGAGCUACGGCUCCCUGCACCCCCACCACCCGCUGCUGCCACCGCCCCCGUCCACCCAGUUCACCGAGGAGGCGCCCUUGCUGGAGAUCCCGGGACCGGCCCCUGGCCUUGAGGCUGCCGAGGAGAGCCCCCUGCCACCGCCCCUCAAUGUGGUGCCCCCCAAGGCCCCCGGCGAGGAGCCAGAGGCAAAGCCACGCCCUGUCAUCCCCAUGCUGUAUGUGGUACCUCGGCCUGGCCCUACCGGCCACAAGGGCCGUGUGUCCUGCCAGCAGGCCUCGGAGCACUUUGCCCAGAAGGGCCCCAGCUGGAAGGAGCAGGCCACCCCCAUGGAGCUGACGGGGCCUGAGGAGGAGAGCGGAGCCAGCGAGGGGCAGAAUCCGUCCACCUUUUCCAAGUUGAAAAUGGAGAUCAAGAAGAGCCGGCGCCACCCCCUGGGCAGGCCGCCCACCCGGUCCCCACUGUCCGUGGUCAAGCAGGAGGCCUCGAGUGACGAGGAAGCCUUCCCUUUCUCUGGGGACGAGGACGUGGGUGACCCUGAGGCCUUGAGGUCGUUGCUGUCCCUGCAGUGGAAGAACAAGGCGUCCAACUUCCAGGCCGAGAGGAAGUUCAAUGCGGCAGCCGCCCUGACGGAACCCUACUGCGCCAUCUGCACGCUCUUCUACCCGUACAGCCAGUCCCUGCAGACUGAGAAGGAGGCUCCCCAGGCCGCCCUCGGGGAGGGCCCCUCGGCCAUCCCACCUUCCAGAAGCGGCCAGAAGACGCGGCCGCUGAUCCCCGAGAUGUGUUUCACGGCCAGCGGGGAGAACACAGAGCCACUCCCCGCCAACUCCUACAUCGGCGAUGACGGGACCAGCCCGCUGAUCGCCUGUGCCAAGUGCUGCCUGCAGGUCCAUGCCAGUUGCUACGGCAUCCGCCCGGAGCUGGUCAACGAGGGCUGGACGUGUUCCCGGUGCACGGCCCACGCCUGGACUGCGGAGUGCUGCCUAUGCAACCUCCGGGGAGGCGCCCUGCAGAUGACGACCGACCGGAGGUGGGUCCACGUGAUCUGUGCCAUCGCCGUCCCAGAAGUGCGGUUCCUGAACGUGAUGGAGCGCCAUCCGGUGGACAUCAGCGGCAUUCCCGAGCAGCGGUGGAAGCUGAAAUGUGUGUACUGCCGGAAACGGAUGAAGAAGGUGUCAGGCGCCUGCAUCCAGUGCUCCUGCGAGCACUGCUCCACCUCCUUCCAUGUGACCUGUGCCCACGCCGCCGGUGUCCUCAUGGAGCCGGACGACUGGCCCUAUGUCGUCUCCAUCACCUGCUUCAAGCACAAGUCGGGGGGCCACAACGUCCAGGUCAUGAGGGCCGUGUCCUUAGGCCAGGUGGUCAUCACCAAGAACCGCAACGGGCUUUACUACCGGUGCCGCGUCAUCGGCACCACCACGCAGACCUUCUACGAAGUGAACUUUGAUGACGGGUCCUACAGCGACAACCUGUAUCCAGAGAGCAUCACUAGUAGAGACUGUGCCCGCUUGGGCCCGCCACCCGAGGGCGAGUUUGUGGAGCUCCGGUGGACUGACGGCAACCUCUACAGGGCCAAAUUCAUUUCCUCUGUGACCAGCCACAUCUAUCAGGUGGAGUUCGAGGAUGGGUCCCAGCUGACGGUGAAGCGUGGUGACAUCUUCACCCUGGACGAGGAGCUCCCCAAGAGGGUCCGGUCCCGGCUGUCGGUCAGCACAGGAGCCCCGCAGGAGAGUGUCUUCUCCGGAGAGGAGGUGAAGGCCGCCAAGCGCCCUCGGGUGGGCACCCCUCGCGCCGCAGAGGACUCAGGGCGGAACCCGGACUACCCGGCCUUCAUGGAGAGCCUGCUGCAGGCGCAGUGCUGGCCCGGAGCGCCCUACUAGGACCGCCGGCCGCCCGUGAGCCCUUGGCCCAGCAAGGCAGGCGCGGCGGGCCCUGGCGCUUGCUUGCUGUGAAUCCCUGUCCUCGCCUCCCAGCCCGAGAGGCUACCUCGGCGACAGGAGCGAGCAGGACGCCGCACGCGCCCCCGGACUCAGGGAGCAGGGCCACGCGGGCUCUGGGGGCCGGCGGGGGUGCGCGCGCCACCCCCUUGACCCAGAUUCGUAAACCACGUAAGCUCUUCUUCUCGUAAAAGGUGCUACUGCAUUGCCUGCCUCCUGAGCAGCCGUGGAGAUUGUGACUUCUGUACAUACAUCACCUUUGUGAGGUUCUUUCUAUAAAUACCUAUUGUUUAAAAAAAAAAUGCAAGAAAAAAAAAGGAAAAGGAAAAAUCACACCCCAAAGUUGUUUUCUAGAUUUGUGGCUUUAAAAACAAAACGAAAUGAAACAAAAUGUCCUUUUUCUCAGAACCCGGUGAGCUGCCCAAGAUAAAAGCAGCUCAGCUUUUUGUUUGUUGUGUUUUCUGGUCCCGAGCGAGCGGUGGGGAUGCGCUGUAGCAGCGGUGAGGCCGGGGGGCACGGGGAGGCGCGGGCAGGACGCCUGGGCACCCCUGACGGUGGCGCCAGGUCACUCACUGUCUCCCGGUCGUGAGAUUGAGCAGGUCUGGGCCGCUGGCACUGCGCGGCCAGCACGCAGCGGGACGAGGCUGGCAGCUCCUCUGGUGGCCUCCCCCAGCCCCCCGCGUGGCCUUUUGCAAAAUAAAUGCUCUCUCUUCUGGUGGCUCCAUCUUUUGCUUCUUCCCCCGGGAAGAACCAUCUCCCAGCUGAGGCCGCGGGUGGGCGGCCCUCAGGGGUCUGGCUGCAGCUCACACAUGUGCAAGGGGUCUUCCCCAACCCCGAGGGGCUGGUACAUCCUGUAUGAUCUCUGUGACGCGUGGAUUUGUGUGUCUGGGAGAGAGAGCUCUCUAGAGGGAAUUACGGCUUUCAGCUCGGAGGAAAUCUGCCCCAGAAGGCUUGUGGGCUGAAUUUCCAGGCAGAAAAACAUGUUCCUCAUUCUGGGCUGGGGGAGGAACGGUGCCCCCCACCACAUCUCAGCCACGCCGUGGUCCCUGCAGAGGAGUUGAGAGCGUCAUUUGCUUGUAUAAAGAUUUUUUAAGUUUAAAAAAGAGGCUCUAACAGUUGCCAGGCCAGAGAGAACCAAGUAAAGUGGAGAGAAACUUCCUUGGUGGGGGGAAGGGCAGGUGCCCUAGAGGGGCGGGCGGGGCGGCGGGAGGUGCCGGGGAGUCAGCGGAAUGUGGGGGUUCCCUCUGCAUGCAGCAGGCCCCUGCCCCGGGGCGCUGUCCCUGUGUUCAUAUGUAGUUUGAAAAUGCUAUUUAUAUUGUAAAGAAAAUAAAAAGAAGCAGGCAGACGCCCCUGUGGCUCCGGGUCGGGCAGGUGGGCCACCCCCGUGGCCAGUCCCUCAGGGUUCCACCCCAUCCAUGGUGGGUUCCUGGACCACUUGUGCAGACAGGCAGUGGCGCAGCAGAGGGGGAGCGCGCUUUCCCCAUGAAGGUAUAUCUGUGUCUAUGUGUGAAAGCAAGAAACACAAACUCCCACCCACCCUGGUUUUUUUCCACCUGAGAUGAAGGAUGCGCUGUAUUUUUGCCUAACUCCCCUGCCUCUAGGUUCAUAAUGAAUUAAAGGCUCGUGAGCACUGCGAUUACAGCUCCA